GACGCUGAGGCUCCUGCGUCAGUCCGUGACUCUCCCACAUCCCCCGCGCCGCUGAACCGCUGGUCACCAUGGCUACUUCCAAGUUGCCAGCGGUGCCCAGGGAGGAGGAGACCACCAUACUGAUGGCCAAGGAAGAGCUGGAGGCCCUGCGCACCGCCUUCGAGUCGGGCGACAUCCCCCAGGCUGCCUCCCGCCUCCGGGAGCUGCUGGCCUCCUCGGAGAGCAUCAGGCUGGAGGUGGGCGUCACAGGCGAGUCGGGCGCCGGCAAGUCGUCCCUGAUCAACGCCCUCCGCGGCCUGGGAGCCGAAGACCCCGGCGCGGCUCUCACCGGCGUCGUGGAGACCACAAUGCAGCCCUCGCCCUACCCGCACCCGCAGUUUCCAGACGUGACCCUGUGGGACCUGCCAGGGGCCGGCUCUCCCGGCUGCCCCGCCGACAAGUACCUGAAGCAGGUGGACUUCGGCCGCUAUGACUUCUUCCUGCUGGUGUCCCCGCGCCGCUGCGGCGCCGUGGAGAUCCGCCUGGCCUCCGAGAUCCUGCGCCAGGGCAAGAAGUUCUACUUCGUGCGCACCAAGGUGGAUGAGGACCUGGCGGCCACGCGCACGCAGCGGCCCUCGGGCUUCAGCGAGGCGGUGGUCCUGCAGGAAAUCCGCGAGCACUGCGCCGAGCGGCUGCGCGGGGCUGGCGUGAGCGAUCCCCGCAUCUUCCUCGUGUCCAACCUCUCGCCCAUGCGCUACGACUUUCCGCUGCUCGUGUCCACCUGGGAGCACGACCUGCCCGCGCACCGGCGCCACGCCGGCCUGCUGUCGCUGCCCGACAUCUCACUGGAGGCCCUGCAGAAGAAGAAGGACAUGCUCCAGGAACAGGUGCUCAAGACGGCCCUGGUGUCGGGCGUCAUCCAGGCUCUGCCGGUGCCCGGGCUGGCGGCUGCCUACGACGACGCGCUGCUCAUCCGCUCGCUGCGCGGCUACCACCGCAGCUUCGGCCUGGACGACGACUCGCUGGCCAAGCUGGCGGAGCAGGUGGGCAAACAGGCCGGGGACCUGCGCUCGGUCAUACGCUCCCCGCUGGCCAACGAGGUCUCCCCUGAGACUGUCCUGCGGCUCUACUCGCAGUCUUCCGACGGUGCCAUGCGGGUGGCCCGGGCCUUUGAGAAGGGCAUCCCUGUGUUUGGUACGCUGGUGGCUGGAGGCAUCAGCUUCGGCACCGUCUACACCAUGCUCCAGGGCUGCCUCAACGAGAUGGCCGAGGACGCCCAGCGGGUUCGCAUCAAGGCCCUGGAGGAGGAUGAGCCCCAGGCUGAGGUCAGCCUGGAGGCGGCUGGUGACAAUAGUGUGGAAAAGCGGGGGUCUGGGGAGGGGAACAGUGAGGAAGCCCCGCUCUCGGCCCGCCGGAAGCUCGGCCUCCUUCUCAAGUACAUUCUGGACAGCUGGAAGAGGCGGGACUUGUCCGAAGACAAAUGAAAGUGCAGCCCCCACCCCCGCCUCACUCACACACCAAGCCUUAACAAAACCAACCCAGCAAACAAAAAAGGC